GACAAGAUGGAUGCAAAAUCAAAGCUGAGUGUAGCUGCAAAGAUGACACUGUUCAAAGAACUGGAGAAAGGAUCCCCUGCAGAUUCUGCUGCAAAGUUGCGUCCUCGCAGCAACAAUGCAGCCGUGGAGCGUAGGCUGCGACGUUCGCACGACCGUUCUCGGACUCAGCCAGUGACCACAGAGGAAAUGGUGGUGGCAAACAGCCUCCCUAGGGCACAGUCACCAAACGAGCAGGAUGCAGAUGGAAAAAAGAGCGGUGCAGUUGAACAGGAGGUAGAAGAGAGAGGUGAUGAGAAUUCCAGGCUGAGCCUGAACCAGAAGAUGGCCUUGUUUAACAGUCUGUGUCAGCCCAUGCCUAAGAAGAUGCCAACAGUGGAAGGACGUAAUGGGCGCAGACAGAAAGGGGCUCGGUAUCGCACACAACCUGUCACCUUUGGUGAAGUCCAGCUGCUCCAGGAUUUAUCAGAACAACGCCAUCAACUUCUGCCCAACUCCCCAGGACAGACACCUGCUGAGGAAACACUGUUGGAUGCUUUAAGCUUGCCCUCCGCUCCAGAGGAGAUUGUGAAGCUGGAGAUAAUGUCAGCUGUGUCCGUUCCCAGCUGUGAGGACAGCAGAAAGUUAGCGAGUGUGGGAAACGAGGAGAAACCAAAGGAGAUCGAAGGAAUAUUGAAAACACAAGGAAUCAGCAAGUUGAAUGAAAUUCACACCCUGCAGGAACAGCCCAGGAAAUGUGAGGUGAGAAGCCAAACUGCUACAUUGGCGGAGAGUGACUCUAUUCCAAGUGGUCUAUUUGGAGAGUACAACACAGACAGGGCAGACGUAACCCAGGAGCUGGGCAGGAGUGAAGAUGAAGUGAGACUAGCUGAGAAUGAUGCUUCAGAGAAACCAAACUCCAGUGAAAUACAAGAGGGUGACCAGAGAGAAACAACAGACACUGAAGGAUUCAGAGAGCCAACACAGGAUGACUUCUCAACACCACCCUCCUCACCACCAUGGUACCAGAAGGACAACCAUUCCACUUCACAGUGGCAACCUGCUGAUAACCUCUGCACACCAAAGGGCAAAGAGCAAGGCGAGGACUACCUGGAACAGCUACUUGAUGAGGACAAUCUGGAGCAACCCCUAACUCCAAUUAACGUGGGAACAUCAGUCAAGGACAGGUUGCAGAAACUGAAAGAUGGUGAGGAGCAGUGGAAGAAUAAAAUAAACAAGAGGCAGGGUGGUGUUCAUGUCCCAUUAACUGAACGCUGCAGUCAGCUCCAACAAGCCGAAGGUGCCUGGAAGAAAAAGGGAGAAGAUGGGUGUCUGAGUGAUGCAGAGCAGCCUCAGUACUGGGACCCAGUCUAUUCCUCUGUCUAUUCCCCUGUUUAUAGACAAUGCCAGUACAUCUUGUAUAAGCAGAGAGCAGCGACUGAGAUUGGGGGACAGAUGUCUCUGGAGGAACGAAAGCAGCUGAUCAGUGUGAGCGAGGAACAGUGGAAAACGAAAGGCAAAGGUGCAUUCAAUGACUCCACCCAGUUCACGGUGGCAGCUCGCAUGGCGAAGAAAGGGCUAGUGCCUAUGAUGACUGAAAAUAAUGAUGACACAGCUAUUCCUUUCAAGAAAGUUACCAUAGCAACAAACACACCAAUUAAACCUCUGGAAGAAAUUACAAGUCGGCCUGAUGUACCCCUAGAGAGUGAUGCUACGUUGGAUAACCUGGAGACCUUUCUAAAUAAGCUGCAUGCUAAAGCCACCAGUAACUUGGAGACAACAAUCACAGUUACGGAGCAAACAGUGAAGGAAGUGCUGAGACCAGACGAUGAUGAUACCUUUGAUAAAUUUUACAAGCACACUCCCACUGUUCCGACAUCCAAUGUGCUGAAAAUCGAGGAGAGUUUUGAUGCUAUUUUUGAAGCCAACACUCCAAAACUGACCUCUGAGGUGGCGGAGCACAAGCGAGCUGUAAGACCCGCCCGUAAGACGCAGUGUUCUCGCAAUCCCCUGAGGGCGCUGGCAGCUCGGGAAGACAUCCGCCAGGAGUACACAGAACAGCGUUUGAAUGUGGCUACGGUGGAGGUCAGGAGGAUCCAGACUGAGCGAAUGGCAAAACACUCCAACUACGCAGAUGUGAGCUUGGCGGGGCUAGCAAGCAAAGAGAACUUCAAAAACAUCAAUCUUCGGAAUGUGAAGAUAACAGAGCAGGUGCCCAGUAACAGCGCAAACCCUUUCAACAAAGUGAUGCUACUGCAAGUUAAAGGUCGCAGGCAUGUCCAGGUACGACUGGUGGAACCCAGCGCCAGCUCACUCAACAGUGGUGACUGUUUCCUAUUGGUCACUGCAAAACACUGCUUUCUUUGGAUUGGAGAAUUCGCAAAUGUUAUAGAACGCUCCAAGGCAUCGGAGCUGGCUAGUUUCAUCCAGGCAAAGCAUGAACUGGGCUGCCGAGCAGCAAGCGUCACCUAUAUCGAAGAGGGCAUUAAUAGUCAAAGCAGAAGAGUCAAGGAAUUCUGGGAUCUUCUGGGUGGCCAGGCUGAAUAUCAAGCUGCAGGAGAUCCUGAGGAAGAUGAGCUGUAUGAAGCUGCUAUCACAGAAACAAACCACAUAUAUCGUUUGGUUGAGGACAGACUUGUCCCAGACAAUGAAUCAUGGGGGAAAAUUCCUCGCUGUUCCAUGCUGAAUUCAAAGGAGGUGCUGGUGUUGGAUUUUGGCAGCGAGCUGUACAUCUGGCAUGGCAAAGAGGUGACUUUGGCACAGCGGAAGUUGGCUCUCCAACUGGCAAAACAGUUGUUGAGCGGUCCAUAUGAUUAUAGCAACUACGGAGUAAACCCCCUGGACCCUGGAGCCAAGAAGAACAUCUCCCAGCAGCAAGGCCGCCCUGACUGGGUGAUCUUUGGUCGAUUGUCCGAACACAAUGAAACGAUUCUUUUCAAGGAGAAGUUUCUGGACUGGGCUGAGUCGAGAAAACAGGUGCAAAGGGACGUCGAGAUCACAGCCGAGUCAAAGUUAGAUCCUCAGAACGAGCUAAAACCAUACGAUGCUAAGCUGCUCAUUCCAGUCCCGGAAGUAUCAUCCCGAAUGAUCCUGGAUGGAGUGAAUGUGCAGCGCGGCUACGGAUUUCUACAAAUAGAUGGUGAGAGGAUGUCAGAAUUGAAGACUGUCGGUGUGGAGGUCUGGCACGUUCAGGAGUUUGAUCACAGCCAGCUCCCCAGAGAGUGUUAUGGUCAGUUCCACGAGGGAGACACAUACGUUAUCCAGUGGAAGUAUACCAUCAGCAGCCUGGUCGGAAAGCGACAGAGACCGGAUCAGCUCAGCAGCGCUGGGCCCAGCAAGGAGCGAUCUGCGUACUUUUUCUGGCAGGGUCGCCUGUCGAGCAUCAGUGGCAAAGGAGCUUCGGCACUGAUGACCGUGGAACUGGGCAAGGACAGAGAAGCUCAGGUGCUGGUGUCACAAGGAAAAGAGCCCCCUUGCUUUCUGCAGUUGUUCCAAGGAGGAAUGAUUAUCCACAGCGGAAAGAGAGAUAACAUCAGAAAUCAACAAGCAGGGCUUUGGCGAUUGUUUAUUGUGCAGGGAGAGGUCGCAGUGGAGGGAAGUCUCCUGGAGGUGGCGAGAGAGUGCAGCAGUCUGCGUUCAAGAGGCUCUUUAGUCCUGGUGAACACACAGCAAGCUCUCAUCUAUCUGUGGCAUGGUUGUAAAGUUCAAGCCAGUGCAAAGGAGGUUGGCAGAACUGCAGCUAAUCACAUUAAAGAAUGGCGUCCUCAGGAGCUGGGCCUAUGGAGUAGCACGGAUGUAACAGUGUGCGAGAUAGAAGAAGGCUUAGAACCUCCAGAGUUCUGGCAUGCACUAGGACAACAGGAUCAAAAAGUGUAUGACUGCAUGUUACAAGAUCCCGGGAAAUGUAAUUUCACGGUACGGCUCUUCAGAUUGUCUGCUUCCUCAGGGGAGUUUACUGUAACAGAACAGUUCAGUCCAACACGUAUCUCCAGUGGCGUCAUGGCAAUGCCCUUCCAACAGGAGGUUCUGUACUCCAUACCUCAGCCAGCUUUGUUCCUCGUGGAUAACCAUUUGGAGAUUUACCUGUGGCAGGGCUGGUGGCCAGCAGACAGUGAAAGCACAGGUUCAGCAAAAAUCCGAUGGGAUAUGGAGCGGAAAUGUGCCAUGGAGACUGCGCUGCGGUACUGCACAGAAAAGAACCCAAGGCGACCUCCAAAAGCAUACCUGGUGCACGCCGGUGUAGAGCCACUGACUUUCACAAAUAUCUUCCCGAGGUGGGAACACAACACAGAGAGUUUGCAGCAGGGAAAGCGGGGUGUUACAAACAGAGUGCUCCUCGUUGAGGAUGCCUUGUCAAGACUAUGCAAGACACAGUACUCAUUAGAAGAGAUUAUGUCCAGGCCCCUACCAGAGGGAAUUGACCCACAUAGACUGGAAACCUAUCUGUCUGAUGAAGAUUUUAAGAAAGCCGUGCAAAUGUCAAGAGAGGAAUUUAACCGACUUCCCAGCUGGAAGCAGGUGAAUUGGAAGAAAGCGAGAGGCCUGUUCUGAGGAAACAGUAAUAUUUUCAGCCAAAACCUGCCCAGGAAUGUUUACAAUUCCAACACCCCAGCACACCACAUUGUUUAGGUGGAGCUUGGAGACUGUGGUUCCUCAAGUAAUUGUUUUGUCCGUGUAAAUUAAAAUGCCUUCCAUUGUGUAUAAGCUCGGUAUGAAUGCACGGAGUCGGAGUUGGUGGGGAGCUCUUUAUGGGGUAGUAGUGACUGCGGGUUUUCUUGUGGGCCCCCAUGACAGUUCCUGUCCCAGCUGAUGCUAACUCCUAUCUCUUGUUCUAGAGUAGGACUGGCCAAUUCUCUAGGAAUUAAAUUUGAAUCUUCAGAUGCUCACUUGAGAUCCAAGGUGAAGAAUAAUUGAGACUUUAUAAACAACUAUGUAGUUUUUAUUUACCAUUUGAUUUGAACCCUUAUUUGUUAAAAACAUAUUGGAGUUGGAGGACAGGCUCCCUGACUAGGAGAGGGGGAGUUGAAUAAAGGAGCCUGAAAAAUUGUCAAAAUACAGUUGACAGCCUCAACAGGAGUCCUUGCACUGGUAAUGUUUUGCAAUUGUGUGCUUUUCCUCAGAGUUAACUCUUUCGCAUUGCCUGAUGCUUCCUGAGGCUCCUAGUUACUGCCUGGGUUUAGCACAGUUUCAUUUGAAACUCAUGAAGUCACAGGAGGUUGAGUUUAAUCCUUUAGAAAUGGCAACAGUAGCAAAAUGGGCUUGAGGAUAUUUUUCAGUAGAUCUUUUUGAUUGGAUGCUGGGAUUCGGGAGGUAGGAUUGAAACGGGUAUGGGGUGACAUCUGUAAUUGAGUUGGCAGUGCAUGCAUUGUAGAACCAUGAGCCUAAAGUCCUUCUCUCAAUUUCUUGUGUUCUUUGUACUAUGCCUGGCCCCACUGCAUCAGCAUCCCACACUGCCCUGACCUUACUGAAUCUCACCUGCUCAUGAUACAUUUGUACAGAGGUUACUUGUGGAAUGUAAGGCUAUGUGCCUCAUAUUGUGUUGUAAAGGUUUUGUCAGUGUUUUAAGUUUCUUUUAUUCUGUGUUUUAAAUGCGGGGAGUUUGUACUGUUGCAUUAACGAGGAAUCUGUCCAGCCUUAAAUUGCCUUUUGAAUUGUUGACCGAUCCCAGUUAUGACCCAUAGACUGAGGAUGGACUGAUAUUGGCAGGGCUACCACCACUGGAACAGCCACGAUACUCCGUGAUAUUCAACAGUGUUAAGAAAACCAACAAACAGGGCUGGUGACCACUGACAGUGGUGUUACCGCGUGCAUGUUGAACAUAGCUGUUAAUACCCCUCUCUUAUUUUGAACAGAGGUGCUGACUGAGCUUGAAUCACCAAAUUAACAUCUUCACUAAAUAUCCCGGAGAAAGCUAAUUGCUAAGAGUGGUGUUAAAGGUUCAAAUGCACACGGUAGCUUAUUUUGUUUGAUAAUGUACACUGCUUGAAUGAGAACAGAUAGUCAAACCUUGUUGAACAUGUUAGUAAUCUGCUCAUUGAAGGGUUUCACACCACUCACCAAGAAGAGAAAAUAUUUGAUAAAAGUGGAUCUCCUGCAAAUCUUGAAACUUCCCACAUACAUUAAAGUAAUGGCUCUAUUGUUCUGCCUUAGCAGUAUUAAAAAACAGCUUCUAAAGUCUCACUCUGAGAGCAGAAUUUAAUCUUAGCUACAUGGAGUUUCUCAACCAGUAGAGAUCUGACUUUGCUUCUGCUGGGGAAGGUUAGCAGAAAUAAACUGCCCUCAGGUAGCCAGUGUGGGAGCCUUUGUAGGGAUUUGGACCCAGUGACAGAAAUCCUACCGGCUGAGGGCUCACCACUGCCGGCAGCGCUACCAAGCCUGAUGGCCACUGCAGGUAAUGCAGGCAGGUAGAAUUCUGGAAUCAUGAAGGAAUUCAGGCCACAGAUGAUUGAUAGCAGGCUGGGAGACGCACAGUCGGGGCUCUUUAUUGGAAAGAAAGGGCAGGGUGUUGGCUUUCAGCAGGUCACUUCCCUCCCACCCUCAGCCCUCUUUCGUCUCUCAGUUCACUCCCACCCCUCAGUCUCCCUACCACGUCCCUUGAUCAGGCUUUCAAAUGAGGAAACUCCAACCCAGAUGUAUUGUAAGUUAGAGAUAAUGGGAACUGCAGAUGCUGGAGAAUCCGAGAUAACAAAGUGUAGAGCUGGUUGAACACUGCAGGCCAAGCAGCAACCUGUGCACUUGGUGACUCCCUGCCUGAUGGUUGCUUAUCAGCAGCUGUGAGGUGAGACCAUGAGGUUGCCAUGAAUUGUCCACUUAAAGGCACCCACCACCUUGCACCCGCCCCACCCAUCACAUGCUUCCCCCACCUUUAAUUUUGCUCCCAGCGAGGGUGGCAUUAAAUCCUGCCCCCUCUUUUGUCUGCAGUGUUUCCAAAGGACUGUGCCACUGAACUUCAAGCCGAUUUUUGCAGGAAGUUGCAACUUUAUGUAUCUUUUUUUUCUUUUCGUUACUGUUUUCUCUACUGUUCAUCCUCUGUCCUCUGCCAGCACUGAGUCUUGCUGGAGUCAGUAACUGCCCCUAUGCUACCUCCGUCCCAGGGCUUACUCUUCUUCAUGCAGGUGCCUCAAUUGUAACGGUUGACAAAAUCGACAAGUUUAAAGGGUUCCACUUUGCUGAUAUAUGACACAUCUGUCAGUACUGUCAACCCAACUGCCUUAGGAAUGUGGUGAAGAUUAAGGAGCAAGCUUGAGCUCUGUGCUGAUCACGAAUAUUGUGUGUAGUCUCACAAUAAUAAUAAUAUGUCCAGGCAUGCAACUCGGGGUGGGGGGUGGGGGAGCACCAUUCAUUGUCUUACUCCUGUGCAUCAUACGUAGCAGCUUUUAAAGUUUAUAUGUUUUUAUAAAAUUGACAUUAUUCCAGCGGGCUCUGAAGGAAUUGUAAUUUCUCUGUAAAUCCGCAUGGAAUUCAUUGUUUUUGCUUGUAAUCCGAAUGUGCUUGUUGCAUGGAUGAAAGCCAACAGCAGGUCUAAAGAAAGAAAAGCAACAUUAUUAACACAAAGAAAUAAUUUGCGGUAGUGUUCGGAUCCUGAAAUUAUAUUUUUUAUGUAUGGCUUUUAAGGCUGCUUUUCAGGAUUGCUGGGAAGUUUUGCUGUUGAUGCUGUAUUAGACAACAGUGCAAUUCAUAAAAUGCAGUUGUAUUAAAAAUGA